AUGCAAUUCUCCGUAUUACUGCGACAGACCGCUACUUCGGCCUUUAAAAAGACAACUGGUCUUUGCGGGCUUCCAGUGCAUCCAAAUUCAAAGCCAGAGCUAUCGUCGCUGUACAACCGAAUCCUUCAUUCUCUUCAGCAACUUCCAGAGCAAUCUGCUUACAGACAGAGUACUCAUAAACUGGUCAGUGAGAGGCUCAAUAUAGUUGCAACAACCGAGGAUAUUGCUGCCAUUGAACAAAAGAUCAAUGCAGGACAAAUCGAGGAACUUAUCUACCAGGCCGAGAUGGAGCUGAAACUGAUUCCUAGCAUAGAAAAAUGGAAGGCACACGAGGCUCUCGAGGUCGCCCCACCUUCAGGACAAUGGCAAUACUUUAAAUGA